AGAAGAACGGGAGCGAGUCGUUUUUGUUUCGCUGCCGUCUUAUACAAUCGUUUUAUACUAUUUAUUAUUGUAUUCGUUUAUUUCACUUUGUUAACUAAGUAGCCCAAGGAACAAGGCUACUAAACUUUCUAGGUCUGUUUCUGCACAUUUGGCAUAGCCUACACAUUUUCAGUUUUGCAUAACAGGAACAGGGAUAUCAGAGGAUGGCGAUUACAUUUUUGUUGGCGUGUUUUACACUCUUAAUGGCACCAUUGGCAGAAUCGUCUGGCUUAUUUGAGCUAAAAGUGCACUCUUUUUCAACAACUGCUGGUGUUUGCAAAGGCGGCGAGUGCAACAUCUUUUUCCGCGUAUGCCUGAAGCAUUCUCAAGAAGUCAUUUCACCUGAACCCCCGUGUACCUACGGAACUGGUCAAACGAACGUUAUUCGCGCUGAUAACGAAUCAAUCUUCAAAAGCUUACCUCUUAAAGUGCCUUUUCAUUUUAAAUGGCCGGGAACGUUUUCGCUCAUUUUAGAGGCAUGGAACGCAGACUUCUCCUCUGGGCCAUCUUUAGAAAAGACGAAUGAACUUUUGGGCCGACUGGCUGUCCGACGGAGACUGACCAUCGGCGAGGAAUGGUCGAAGGAUGUUCAUGUCGGACCGCAGAGUGAACUGGGCUUCUCCUACCAUGUUGUUUGCGACGAGAAUUACCAUGGAGAAAACUGCUCAACUUUUUGUCGUCCACGCGAUGACACGUUUGGGCAUUUUACCUGCGACGCUGCAGGAGUCAGAGUAUGUGUGCCAGGAUGGAGAGGAGACUACUGCACAGAACCCAUAUGUUCGUCUGGCUGCAGCAAGGACCACGGCUUCUGUGAGGAGCCUGGGGACUGCAAGUGUCGACUGGGCUGGGAAGGCCCUGCGUGUGACCAGUGCAGUCGCCACCCAAACUGUCUGCACGGCACAUGCAGUCAACCAGGGCAGUGCAACUGCAAAGAGGGCUGGGGUGGCCUGUUCUGCGACCAAGACCUCAAUUUUUGCACCAACCACAAGCCGUGCAGGAACGGGGCCACCUGCACCAACACGGGCCAGGGCAGUUACACAUGCUCGUGUCCGAAAGACUUCACCGGGAACCGCUGUGAAACCAAGAUCAAUGACUGUGACAGCAAUCCAUGCAUGAACGGAGGGAGCUGUAAUGACCUGAAGAAUGGCUACUCUUGUAGCUGUCCCCAAGGAUUCUAUGGGAAGAACUGCGAGGAGGGUGCCAUGAAGUGUGCAGACAGGCCAUGUUUUAACGGCGGGACGUGCGCAGAGAAGGACGGGGGCUACGUCUGUGCAUGCCUCACAGGCUACACGGGAUCCAACUGUGAGAGGAAGAUGGACCAGUGCAGCACUGAUCCCUGUGCUAAUGGUGGCCAAUGUGUAGACCUCGGUGACCGCAGGAAAUGCCGCUGUCGCCCUGGAUUUCGAGGUGUCGACUGUGAGAUAAACAUCAACGAAUGUGCCUCCAGCCCCUGUCUCCACGCGGGCACCUGUGUGGAUGGCAUAAAUGACUACACGUGUACCUGCCCACUCGGAUUCGAAGGGAAGAACUGCCACAUCCGUGACGACGUCUGUGCCCAAGACCACUGCAAGAACGGUGGCACGUGUUUCACCCAUUUCAGUGGGCCCGUGUGUCAGUGCCCGUCUGACUUCAUGGGUCCGCGUUGUGAGUUUGCGAAACCGGUCGAUCCCACGGUGGUGGAAGAGGAAGCCCUUCCAGCUACCGUGGCGAUACCAUUUAUCCUGGCGCUCGUCACGCUCACCAUUGCUGUGUGUGCGGUGAUUGUGGUUCUGCACCAGAUGAGAGGCAACCCCAAAGCAAAGGCCUUGGCUUCUACAGUUCGAAAUGAGGUGGCCAACAACCAUAGCGCUGUGAACAUAAUUGGGGGCUCUAAUGGGUGCUGGGAGAAGGAAGCCUUUCUGAUCACGGCAAGCCAGAACCAGGAGAAGGUGACCAACAAGAACGUCGUGCUCAGCCCCAACACCCUGGAGGCGCCAACGGAGGACAAGGUGCAAUACAAGAACAAGUUGGCAGACAACAGCAAGCUGACAAGUGGCAAAGCAUUCACAAAGAACAAUCUGGACAUAAAUAAAACUGAGACGAGCGUAUUUGUUCCUCCUGGGAACUUUUCCAAAGAUGGUCUCUACCAUCCCAUCUACGUCAUCUCACAAAUGGAACAACAGUGUGUUUUAGCAACUGAAGUUUAACAGUGAACAGUAUGAUCAAGAAGCACCUCAUCUGUCCAGGGGGACCUGUUGCUAUUUGUUUACACGUUAAAGAAAAACAAUCGAAGGAAAACACGAGAAUAUAUUAUCCAAAUAUGAUAUUUAUUAUUUAUGCUGCUCAUUUAAUACUGCUCCGAGUUGACACUCUUUGGUGAAAAAUCAAAGUACAGAACACUUUGUUUGCACUAACCAAUCUAUCAUGUUGGUUUCUAUCACGUUGUCCGGAUGGAAUGAUACCAUCCAAUUGGAAUACCGAAAGGGAAAUCAGGAUUCGUUCACUACGUUCAGGAUUCGGAACGUCUGUGUUUUUUCCCCGCAUAAAGCUUCUACAUUCCUACUGAUAGAUGGAAAUGGAGGGAGACUGAAGUCUUUGACCAGUAGCUAUGGAGUCCUUGGCUGGACUGCCUGGGAUGACCAUCUAACCUUUUUCAAGGAAUAACCAUGUCUGGCAGGAGCCUGUUUACCAGACUGCUCAACAGAUCUACUGUACGUCGCGUGCAAACCCUCCAAAAAAACAUAGCGGCCUGUGACCCAUUGAUGCAGUGGCAGGACAGGGACUGGGAUGGGUGUUUUUGCGCAACCCCCUCAAAUUUGUGGGGCAUGUCUGUAAGAAAAUAUAUAUUUUUAAAAAGAAACGCAAGCAACCCCUGAGGACUAUCGGCCCACCGUUUGAUGCCCUGUAGGCCAGAGUACCAGUCCAGGCCUGGUGGUGUGUAGUCGCUGCACUCGACUAUAAAAAGGUAAAAAAAAAGUCUGUAUGCUGUGUACAGUGGAGUGGAUGGACUAUUUCAUGGGUCCUUUGGGGUCUGUGGGAUUUCCCAAGUACACACAGAAGGUACUCCCUUUUGAUGCUACUUUCUAGGGGGAUAACCAUUCAUGCUGGAUAUCUUUUUGUUUAAGUUUCACCAAGUGAAUCUUUUUUUAUAUAUUUCACAUAUUAAUGUGCUUUAAAAAAAUGCUAUGCAAUAUGUACAUGUUUAUAAAUCUAUUUUUUGACUAUUUAAUUGUGUACAUAAUUUAUAUUUAUGAGAACUGUAUAUAUGUUUAAUUAUAGAG